AUGGCAUCCAACAGCAGUGCAUGUGCGAAGAACACGGGAAACGACAGCAUAGGCUGUGCAGCAUUUACCACAGCGUUAACACAACGGGCAGCAUUUACCACAGCGUUAACACAACAGGCAGCAUUUACCACAGCGUUAACACAUCAGUCAGCAUUUACCACAGCGUUAACACAUCAGUCAGCAUUUACCACAGCGUUAACACAACAGGCGGUAUUUACCACAUCGUUAACACAACAGGCAGCAUUUACCACAGCGUUAAUUCAACAGUCAGCAUUUACCACAGCGUUAACACAACGGGCGGUAUCUACCACAGCGUUAACACAAGGGGUGGUAUCUACCACAGCGUUAACACAACAGGCAUCAUUUACCACAUCGUUAACACAACAGUCAGCAUUUACCACAGCGUUAACACAUCAGUCAGCAUUUACCACAGCGUUAACACAUCAGUCAGCAUUUACCACAGCGUUAACACAACAGGCGGUAUUUACCACAUCGUUAACACAACAGUCAGCAUUUACCACAGCGUUAACACAUCAGUCAGCAUUUACCACAGCGUUAACACAACAGGCGGUAUUUACCACAUCGUUAACACAACAGUCAGCAUUUACCACAGCGUUAACACAUCAGUCAGCAUUUACCACAGCGUUAACACAUCAGUCAGCAUUUACCACAUCGUUAACACAACAGUCAGCAUUUACCACAGCGUUAACACAACAGUCAGCAUUUACCACAGCGUUAACACAACAGUCAGCAAUUACCACAGCGUUAACACAACAGUUAGCAUUUACCACAGCGUUAACUCAACAGUCAGCAUUUACCACAGCGUUAACACAACAGUCAGCAUUUACCACAGCGUUAACUCAACAGUCAGCAUUUACCACAUCGUUAACUCAACGGGCGGUAUUUACCACAGCGUUAACUCAACAGUCAGCAUUUACCACAGCGUUAACUCAACGGGCGGUAUUUACCACAGCGUUAACUCAACAGUCAGCAUUUACCACAGCGUUAACACAACAGGCAGCAUUUACCACAGCGUUAACACAUCAGUCAGCAUUUACCACAGCGUUAACUCAACAGUCAGCAUUUACCACAGCGUUAACUCAACAGUCAGCAUUUACCACAGCGUUAACACAAUAG